GGCAGGCAGGCAGGCUGAGCUGACCCGCUUGCGGUGUGUGUGUAUCGCUCAGCCUACAUCCAAGCCAGUUCGCAUGCAUUAACGAGUGACAAAUAUCAGGUGUGUAGGUCGGUGAGGCCAUUAUACUACCUUCCAAGAUGGUGGCUUUGUCACUAAAGAUCUGUGUGCGCCAGUGCAAUGUGGUGAAGACGAUGCAGUUUGAGCCGUCCACGCCUGUGUAUGACGCCUGCAGGAUCAUCAGAGAGAGAGUCCCAGAGGCACAGACAGGCCAAGCGUCAGAUUAUGGCCUUUUCUUGUCUGACGAUGAUCCCAGGAAAGGAAUCUGGCUCGAGUCUGGAAGAACCCUGGAUUACUACAUGCUGCGAAACGGAGAUGUUUUGGAGUAUAAGAAGAAACAAAGGCCGCAAAAGAUCAAAAUGCUUGACGGCGCAGUUAAAACCAUCAUGGUGGACGACUCAAAAACAGUGGGGGAGCUGCUUGUCACCAUAUGCAGCAGGAUAGGAAUCACGAACUAUGAGGAGUACUCCCUCAUUCAAGAGUUGACAGAGGACAAGAAGGAGGAUGGAAUGGGGACACUGAAGAAAGACCGAACACUGCUGCUACGAGAUGAGAGGAAGAUGGAAAAGCUCAAAGCCAAACUUCACACGGAUGAUGACUUGAACUGGCUGGACCACAGCAGGACGUUCAGAGAGCAGGGGGUGGAGGAGAGUGAGACUCUGCUGCUCAGGCGUAAGUUCUUCUAUUCAGACCAGAAUGUGGACUCCAGGGACCCUGUGCAGCUGAACCUGCUCUAUGUUCAGGCUAGGGAUGAUAUAUUGAAUGGAUCCCACCCCGUCUCCUUUGAUAAAGCCUGUGAGUUCGCAGGCAUCCAAGCCCAGAUCCAGUUUGGACCCCACGUGGAGCACAAACACAAGCCCGGAUUCCUGGACCUGAAGGAGUUCCUACCUAAAGAGUACAUCAAGCAGAGAGGGUCCGAGAAGAAAAUAUUCCAGGAACAUAAUACCUGUGGAGAGAUGACAGAGAUUGAGGCAAAAGUGAAGUAUGUGAAGCUCGCCAGGUCUCUGAUGACAUAUGGAGUGUCCUUUUUCCUGGUGAAGGAAAAGAUGAAGGGUAAAAAUAAGCUUGUCCCGCGGCUGCUGGGGAUAACCAAAGAGUCAGUGAUGCGAGUUGAAGAGAAGACGAAGGAUGUGGUGCAGGAGUGGCCUCUGACAACAGUCAAGAGAUGGGCGGCCUCCCCAAAGAGCUUCACGCUGGAUUUCGGAGAGUACCAGGAGAGUUACUACUCCGUGCAGACUACAGAGGGAGAGCAGAUAUCCCAACUUAUUGCUGGAUACAUUGACAUCAUUCUUAAAAAGAAACAAAGUAAGGAUCGUUUUGGCCUAGAGGGAGAUGAGGAAGCAACCAUGCUUGAGGAAUCGGUGUCUCCUAAGAAGUCCACAAUUUUGCAGCAGCAGUUUAAUCGUGUGGGUCGUGUGGAGCAUGGCUCAGUAGCACUUCCAGGUAUAAUUCGGUCUGGCUCUAUUGGCGGCCCUGACACCUUCAACAUGGGAACCAUGCCCUCCGCCCAGCAGCAAAUCACCAUGGGGCAGAUGCAUAGAGGACACAUGCCCCCGCUGAGUCUGGCCCAACAGGCCCUGAUGGGGACCAUAAACAGCAGUAUGCAGGCUGUGCAACAGGCUCAGACUGACCUGGGAUAUGUAGAUAAUCUGCCUCCACUGGGCCAUGACUUGGCGACCAGGGUUUGGGUUCAGAACAAAGUGGAUGAAUCCAAACAUGAAAUCCACUCUCAGGUUGAUGCCAUCACUGCUGGAACAGCAUCUGUGGUCAAUCUCACAGCAGGUGAGCCCACAGAAACCGACUACACAGCGGUGGGCUGCGCCAUCACCACCAUCUCGUCCAACCUCACUGAAAUGUCCAAGGGUGUCAAGCUGCUUGCGGCUUUAAUGGAUGAUGAGGUGGGCAGUGGACAUAAGCUCAUGGGCGCCGCCAGGAUGCUGGCAGGAGCUGUGUCAGAUCUGCUCAGAUCUGUUGAGCCUGCAGCCUCCGAGCCCAGACAGACAGUGCUGACUGCAGCAGGAAGCAUCGGACAGGCCAGCGGAGACCUGCUCCGUCACAUGGGGGAGGGCGAGACCGACGAGAAGUUCCAGGAUACCCUGAUGAAUCUGGCCAAAGCAGUGGCCAAUGCAGCUGCUAUGUUGGUCCUGAAGGCCAAGAACGUGGCCCAGGUGGCCGAGGACACCAUAUUGCAGAACCGGGUGAUCGCAGCUGCCACUCAGUGUGCCCUGUCCACCUCACAGCUGGUAGCCUGCACUAAGGUGGUGAGCCCAACAAUAAGCUCCCCAGUGUGUCAGGAGCAGCUUGUGGAGGCUGGAAAGCUUGUGGACCGCUCUGUCGAAACUUGUGUCAAGGCGUGUCGUUCAGCCAGCGACGACGGCGAGCUGCUGAAGCAGGUCGGGGCAGCAGCCGGUGUGGUGAGCCAGGCCCUCAGCGACCUGCUGCAACAUGUCCGACACUACGCCACCUGCGGAGAGCCCAUCGGGCGCUAUGACCAGGCCACAGACACCAUCAUGAACGUCACAGAAAACAUUUUCACCUCUAUGGGUGACGCUGGUGAGAUGGUGCGCCAGGCCAGGGUGUUAGCCCAGGCCACCUCUGACCUGGUCAAUGCCAUGAGGUCUGACGCAGAGGCAGAAGUUGAUGUCGACAACUCCAAGAAACUCCUGGCUGCAGCCAAACUGCUGGCCGAUGCCACAGCUCGGAUGGUGGAGGCCGCUAAGGGGGCGGCUGCUUACCCAGAGAAUGAGGAUCAGCAGCAGAGGCUUAGAGAAGCAGCUGAGGGGCUCCGCGUCGCCACCAAUGCUGCAGCUCAGAACGCGAUAAAGAAAAAACUGGUCAACAGGCUUGAGAUAGCUGCUAAGCAGGCAGCGGCCGCGGCUACUCAGACCAUCGCAGCUGCCCAAAAUGCUGCUGCUUCCAACAAAAAUACAGCCUCACACCAACAGCUAGUGCACAGUUGCAAGGCAGUGGCAGAUAACAUUCCCCAGUUGGUGCAGGGGAUGAGGAGCAGCCAGUCGCAGCCCGAGGAGCUCGGUGCCCAGCUCACCCUCAUCAUGGCCAGCCAGAGCUUCUUACAGCCUGGGACUAAGAUGGUGACGUCUGCAAAGUCAGCAGUUCCCACGGUGGCCGACCAGGCUGCUGCUAUGCAACUGGGCCAGUGUGCAAAAAACUUGGCUACCUGCCUGGCCGAGCUCAGGACGGCCACCCUGAAGGCCCAUGAAGCCUGUGGUCCACUUGAGAUCGAUUCAGCGCUCAAAACUGUACAGACACUGAAGAGCGAGCUUCAAGAUGCAAAGAUGUCCGUCAUCGACAGCCAACUCAAACCUCUUCCUGGGGAGUCGCUGGAGAAGUGUGCUCAGGAUUUGGGAAGUACAUCUAAGGCUGUGGGCUCCUCCAUGGCACAGUUGCUAACGUGUGCUGCACAGGGCAAUGAACAUUACACAGGUGUGGCUGCUAGAGAAACAGCUCAGGCUUUAAGGACGUUGGCUCAAGCAGCCAGAGGAGUAGCAGCCAGCACCAAAGAGCCUCAGGCUGCGGCUGCGAUGCUAGACUCGGCUCAGUGUGUCAUGGAAGGCUCGGCCAUGCUGAUCCAUGAAGCCCAUCAGGCCCUGGUUCACCCGGGGGAUGCUGAGAGUCAGCAGAGACUGGCACAGGUGGCCAAAGCAGUGUCGCACUCCUUGAAUAAUUGCGUGAAUUGCCUGCCAGGCCAGAAGGAUGUUGACAUGGCCCUCAGGAGCAUUGGUGAAGCCAGCAAAAAGCUGCUGGUUGACAUUCUCCCUCCCUGCAGUAAGACAUUGCAGGAUGCCCAGAGUGAACUGAACCACACAGCCGCUGAACUCAACCACUCUGCAGGCGAGGUCGUCCACUCCUCUCGUGGAACGAGCAGCCAGCUGGCUGCGGCGUCGGGAAAGUUCAGCCAGGACUUUGAUGAGUUCCUGGAUGCUGGCGUUGAGAUGGCAGGACACACCCAGAGCAAGGAUGACCAGAUACAAGUCAUUGGUAAUCUGAAAAACAUCUCCAUGGCGUCCAGUAAACUGCUGCUGGCUGCCAAGUCUCUGUCUGUGGACCCAGGUGCAGCCAAUGCUAAGAACCUUCUAGCUGUGGCAGCAAGGGCAGUGACAGAGAGUAUUAACCAGCUGAUCACGCUCUGUACCCAGCAAGCAGCAGGACAAAGGGAGUGUGACAACGCCUUGAGGGAAUUGGAGGCUGUCAGAGGGCUGCUAGAUAAUCCCAAUGAGCCUGUCAACGAGCUCUCCUACUUUGACUGCAUCGAGAGCGUCAUGGAGAAUUCAAAGGUCCUAGGAGAGUCAAUGGCAGGUAUUUCUCAGCACUGUAAAACAGGGGAUGUGAUGGCCUUUGGGGAGAGCGUGGGCGUGGCGUCCAAAGCUCUGUGUGGCCUGACGGAGGCUGGGGGACAGGCCUCAUAUCUUGUAGGUGUGUCUGAUCCAAAUAGUCAGUCAGGGCACGAAGGGCUGGUGGAUCCCAUCCAGUUUGCCAAAGCCCACCAGGCUAUACAGAUGGCUUGUCAGAACUUAGUUGACCCAGCCAGCAGUCCCUCACAGAUCUUGUCUGCAGCAACAAUUGUAGCCAAGCACACCUCAGCUCUCUGUAACGCCUGCCGCCUGGCUUCAUCUAAGACCUCCAACCCCGUCGCUAGGAGACAGUUUGUCCAGUCAGCCAAAGAGGUGGCCAACACCACAGCCAACCUUGUCAAAACCAUCAAGGUCAACUCCCCAACUGAUCAAAACGGCUCAGACGGGGAUUUUUCGGAAGACAACAGAAACAGAUGCCGUGUUGCUACGACCCCUCUCCUUGAGGCUGUAGAAAACCUGUCAACUUUUUCCAACAACCCUGAGUUUGCCAGCAUCCCAGCGCAAAUCAGCCAUGAGGGCUCAGCAUCUCAGGAGCCUAUUGUGCGUUCAGCCCGCUCCAUGCUCGAUAGCUCCACUUACCUAAUAGAAACAGCCCGCUCACUGGUGCUCAACCCCAAAGAUCCUCCCACAUGGUCCAUACUCGCCGGCCACUCCAGAACAGUCUCUGACUCCAUCAAAAGUCUCAUCACCUCCAUCAGGGACAAGGCACCAGGACAGAGGGAGUGUGAUUACUCCAUUGAUAACAUCAAUAAGUGUAUCCGGGACAUUGAGCAAGCUUCCCUAGCUGCAGUUGGGCAGACCUUGCCCUGCAGAGAUGAUAUCUCCAUGGAAGCACUCCAGGAUCAGCUGACAUCCUCUGUGCAGGAGAUUGGGCAUCUGAUUGAUCCCGUCUCCAGAACGGCUCGAGGCGAAGCUGCCCAACUAGGACACAAGGUGUCCCAGCUGGCCAGAUACUUUGAUCCCCUGAUAGUGGCAGCGGUGGGCCUGGCCUCUAAGCUGCACGACCACCAACAGCAGAUGACCAUUUUAGACCAGACCAAGACCCUCUCUGAGUCUGCCCUGCAGAUGCUCUAUGCUGCCAAAGAAGGAGGCGGAAACCCAAAGGCAUCCCACACCCACGAUGCCAUCUCUGAAGCAUCCCAGCUGAUGAAGGAGGCGGUGGACGACAUCAUGGUGACUUUGAAUGAGGCGGCAAGUGAAGGAGGGAUGGUCGGGGGCAUGGUGGAGGCCAUCGCCGAAUUCAUGGGCAGGCUGGAUGAAGGAACACCUCCCGAGCCUGAGGGUUCGUUCGUGGACUACCAGACCACCAUGGUGAAGUACUCCAAGGCCAUCGCCAUCACUGCGCAGGAGAUGAUGACCAAGUCAAUAACCUGCCCUGAAGAGCUCGGUGGCCUUGCCUCUCAGGUGACGGUGGACUACGGACAGCUAGCACACCAAGGACGCCUCGCUGCAGCCACCGCAGAGCCAGACGAGGUUGGGUUCCAGAUAAAGACACGGGUGCAGGAGCUGGGCCACGGUUGUAUCUACAUGGUGCAGAAGGCUGGAGCUCUGCAGCUCAGCCCCACUGACAGCUUCUCCAAGAGGGAGCUCAUCGAGUGUGCCCGUGCAGUCACAGAGAAGGUGUCCUUGGUACUGUCAGCUCUGCAGGCAGGGAACAAAGGCACCCAGGCCUGUAUCACAGCAGCCAGCGCUGUUUCUGGCAUCAUCGCUGACCUGGACACCACCAUCAUGUUCGCCUCAGCAGGAACACUGAGCCCUGAGAAUGAAGAGUCUUUCGCUGACCACAGGGAGAGCAUCUUGAAGACAGCCAAGGCGCUGGUGGAGGACACCAAGCUGCUGGUUGCUGGUGCCGCAUCCAGCCAGGAAAAACUGGCCCAGGCUGCCCAGUCCUCGGCCAAGACCAUCACCCAACUCACUGAGGUGGUCAAACUUGGAGCCACCAGCAUGGGCUCUGAGGACCCCGAGACACAGGUGGUUCUGAUAAACGCGGUGCGGGAUGUGGCCAAGGCCCUGGCCGAACUCAUCAGCGCCACCAAGUGUGCAGCGGGCAAGCCAGCUGACGAUCCAUCAAUGUAUCAGCUGAAGAGUGCGGCCAAGGUGAUGGUGACCAACGUGACGUCUCUUUUAAAAACAGUGAAGGCAGUGGAGGAUGAGGCGACUCGCGGGACGAGGGCACUGGAGGCCACCAUUGAGUGCAUCAAACAGGAGCUGACAGUGUUCCAGUCCAAGGACGUCCCUGAGAAGUCCACCACACCUGAGGAGUUUAUCCGCAUGACAAAGGGCAUCACCAUAGCAACGGCCAAGGCAGUGGCUGCAGGCAACUCGGCUCAGCAGGAGGAUGUGAUCGCCACUGCCAACCUGAGCCGCAAAGCCAUCUCCGAUAUGCUUUCUACCUGCAAGCAAGCAGCUUGCCACCCAGAAGUGGGCGAGGAAUUGAGGAGCAAGGCGCUCCAGUACGGCUCUGAGUGCACAUCCGGAUACAUCAACCUUCUGGAGCAAGUCCUGCAGGUCCUGCACAAGCCCAUACCAGAGCAGAAACAGCAGCUGGCCUUACACUCAAAACAUGUUGCAGCGAGUGUGACAGAGCUCGUACAGACAGCUGAGGCCAUGAAAGGCUCAGAGUAUGUGGACCCCGAGGACCCCACUGUCAUCGCUGAGUCUGAGCUCCUUGGAGCAGCAGCGUCCAUUGAAGCUGCAGCCAAGAAACUAGAGCAGCUGAAACCAAGAGCCAAGCCUAAGAAGGCGGAUGAGACGCUGGACUUUGAGGAGCAGAUCUUAGAAGCAGCAAAGUCCAUCGCAGCAGCAACAAGCGCUCUUGUUAAAUCUGCAUCAGCAGCUCAAAGAGAACUGGUGGCCCAAGGGAAGGUGGGAUCCAAUCUAGCCAAUGCAGUAGAUGACGGCCAGUGGUCGCAGGGUCUCAUAUCCGCUGCUCGUAUGGUAGCAGGAGCCACCAGCAACCUGUGUGAGGCAGCUAACGCCUCAGUGCAGGGCCACGCCAGCGAGGAAAAGCUCAUCUGUUCAGCCAAGCAGGUCGCCGCCUCCACGGCUCAGCUGCUGGUGGCCUGCAAGGUGAAGGCCGACCAGGACUCUGAGGCCAUGAGGAGACUUCAGGCUGCUGGCAACGCAGUGAAGCGAGCUUCAGACAAUCUGGUGAAGGCGGCUCAGAAAGCAGCUUUUGACAAGACUGAAGACGACAGCGUGGUGGUGAAGACCAAAUUCGUAGGAGGCAUAGCUCAGAUCAUUGCGGCUCAGGAAGAGAUGCUGAGGAAGGAGCGAGAGCUGGAGGAGGCCCGGAAGAAGCUAGCUCAGAUCCGACAGCAGCAGUACAAGUUCCUGCCCAGCGAGCUGAGGGAGGAUGAGGGCUGAUUGGCAGAGGCGGUGUGCACCACACUGAUGACACCCUCCUGUCAUGGGUAGAUGUUGCCGAUGUAUGAUUGGCUGCUUUGCUCUCAUAUAACCGAGAAAUAUACAGCACUUGAUACAGGCCUGUUUGGUGAGAAAAACAAGUGCCUGUGCUCUGUAUUGUAUUUGUGUGUGUGUGUGUGUGUGUGUGUGUGUGUGUGUGUGUGUGUGUGUGUGUGUGUGUGUGUGUGUGUGUGUGUGUGUGUGUGUGUGUGUGUGUGUGUGUGUGUGUGUGUGUGUGUGUGUGUGUGUGUGUGUGUGUGUGUGUGAUGUGUGUGUGAUGUGUGUAUGUAUUUGUCAGUGAACAGCAUUGGCAUUCAGCGUUCAAUUAAGAGAAGGUUGUUACAGUUGCCACUGUAAGCAAGUGGAGACAGUAUGAUGAAGUUGUAUGAUAAAGGUAUCAUUGCUUUGUGAGUGUUGCUGCAUCAUGAGCUUUAACGACUGUUACAACCAUAAAUCGAAGAUGUUACGAAUGCAGAAAUCCUCUAUAAUCACUCAAUGUUAUGUACUUGUUGAAGGUUUAGAGCAAAUAGAAAUGAAAAUCCCUGCAACUGGCAGAACAAACCUAAGGGUCCAUAGUUUGUAUUCUAAAUGUAAAAACCUCGAGGGGUUCAUAGAAAGGCAGGAGGGGGAUGCCUCAGUUCACCACUGGCUUGCAUGCAGCAUAAUGUCUAUACAUAUCAAUGAAGCUACUAACCAAUAAAGUAGUAUGGAGCGGAAAGGCACUUGUGUUUUACUAAUAAUAAUGUGAAUAUGCGGUUUGCUGUUAAAGUAGCAAAUCUUUAUAAUGAAAGGAUUCUGAUUUAAACUAUGUGCGGUUCUUAUGGACAAAGUAAGAAAAAUACAGACAACUGACCAACACUAUAUAAAGAUAUUUAUUCUUGGCAGAUUUUUUUCUUAAAGAGCAGACAGAAGUUAUUCAGAGAAUCUGGUAUAUAUGUGACCAAAUAUGACAUGCUGAUGUAAAUCAUGUCACUUAGUUUAUCUUCCCUCACAUACACAGUGCUGUGUAAGGAAUAUAUGUUUACAUUGUCCAUCAUAUUUGAUCGCUCCAUGUUUUGAUUCCUCUUCCAUUAACACUGGCCAGAUUUAGUUUGUGUACCCACUGUACUACACACUCACUCACAGAAAUAUUAUUCUCCCCCAGUCACUGCCCUGUCAUUGUAAAGGCAUUUUCACUAUAGACUGACUGUCUACAGCAAUACAUUACACUAAAUAUCCUGGCGAGAUAAUAAUGAGAGUCUGCGCUGUUAUUGGUUGUAAGAUUGGUUAUGUGCAAUGAUAUUUGGCUUUGAGCUCUUGAAUGAAACGAGCAUAUGUUAUGCACUGAAGUUGCUCAUAAACAUACGUACUGAAGACGGCAAUUUAAAGCUUCCAUUAUAUUAAAUGUAGAACAUUCUCCUUGCAAAGUAGAAGGAAAUUGCUUCAAGCGCUGAAAGAGGAAAGUAAUUCAAUGCUUUUUUUCUUAGUAUAUUAGUGUAUAAUAUAUUGGAAAUUUCAAGCAGUUUAUCUCCUCAGUCAGUCCAAACUAGUGUCUGGACUGCAUUGUGUACUAGUGCCUUACUUAAAGUCUGCGCUGCGAGCAGCUGAAGAUCAGGCUGAGUGGGAGCCUGAGCCUUGUCCUCUCUGGAUCAGAACAUUAUGCCAGUCUAAUCCCUAUCGGGGUCUUAAUAAACUACCACCUAGUCCUUCGCCAUACAACACAAUGCCUUGGCUGGUGGCCUACUUGCCUACAACAAUAUAAUGCUGAUUAAAAAAAAAAGGGCAUCUGUGGAUACCUUAGGAUUUAGAGACCAUGUUGGAAGACUAACACUAGACUGCAUUCCAUGAGCAUGUGGCAAUUUGUGUUUUGAAGUCGAGAAAUUGUUGAAAUCAUAUGCCAAGUUCCUCUCAAAUGUUGGACUUAAUAACUUCCUUGUUUCAUUGUCUAACCACUAUUAUAAAUAUGUUUUUAUCAGUAAAUGUAAGAGUUACCCUGAAAUAUAUUGUCUUACUGAUUUGUCCGAAUAUUAACGGAAAUAGAAAAAAAAGUGACUAGCUCUGUAUUGAAUAGGUGUUGUGCUUUCUUUAACAGACUGCAUUAGUUUUAUGUUUUGAUGCUGUAUGUAUAAUAUUUAUCUGGUCACAAAAGUAUUUUUUGUAUUCACGAAAAAUAAAGAGUUUCAAACAACCA